AUGGAAGAAGAGAAGGAGACGAUUAGGUGUUGCAGUGAUUGCAAAACAAUAAAGACACCAAUGUGGAGAGGUGGACCUUCUGGUCCUAAGUCACUUUGCAAUGCAUGUGGGAUCAGAUUCAUGAGACAGAAACGAUCCGAGUUGUUAUGUAUUCAUAACCACAAACCCUACAAGAAGAUAAACACAACAAUAUUGUCUUCACAUGGUUGCGUGGGUUUGAAGAAACGUCGGAUUUUAAAAGAGGAAGAACAAGCUGCUUUUUGUCUACUAUUGUUGUCUUGCAACUCUGUUCUUGCCUGA